UCAGUCCUCGCCCCCGGCAAUUCCGACGAAUUCGAUCUCGGAUAGUCACUCUCCUCCAAUCGAUCGGUCAGUCGUCCCGGUCCUGUUUCCUUGAUACUGUGCUGCGAUCGAUGGAGACCGCCACCGUCGUCGUCGCGCCGGCUCCCGUGGCCAUCACGCCGCCGCCGCAGCGCAAGCUUAUGGAAUUGAAGUCUUCCUUUGCCCCCGCGGCGAAGUCGUCGCCGGCGAGGAAGGCCAAGCCGGCCAAGAAGAAGCUCGCCGGCGGCAGCGGCGGGUACGUCCUCGAGGACGUCCCGCACCUCACCGACUACCUCCCGGAGCUCAAGAGCUACCCGAACCCCCUGCAAGACCACCCUGCCUACUCUGUUGUCAAGCAGUACUUCGUGAACCCGGACGACACGGUGGCGAAGAAGAUCGUGGUGCACAAGAGCAGCGCGCGGGGGACGCACUUCCGGCGCGCCGGCCCGCGGCAGCGCGUCUACUUCCAGCCGGGCGAGGUGACGGCGGCGAUCGUCACCUGCGGCGGGCUCUGCCCGGGCCUCAACACGGUCAUCCGCGAGCUCGUCUGCGGCCUCCACGACAUGUACGGCGUGGCCAGCGUGCUGGGCAUCGAGGGCGGCUACAAGGGCUUCUACGCGCGCAACACCGUGGAGCUGACGCCGCGGUCCGUGAACGACAUCCACAAGCGCGGCGGCACGGUGCUGGGUACCUCCCGCGGCGGGCAGGACACGGCCAAGAUCGUGGACAGCAUCCAGGACCGCGGGAUCGACCAGGUGUACAUCAUCGGCGGCGACGGCACGCAGAAGGGCGCGGCGUCGAUACACGAGGAGGUGCAGCGCCGCGGGCUCAAGUGCGCGGUGGUCGGCGUGCCCAAGACCAUCGACAACGACAUCGCUGUGAUCGACAAGUCGUUCGGGUUCGACACCGCCGUGGAGGAGGCGCAGCGCGCCAUCAACGCGGCGCACGUCGAGGCCGAGAGCGCCGAGAACGGCAUCGGCGUCGUCAAGCUCAUGGGCCGGAACAGCGGCUUCAUCGCCAUGUACGCCACGCUCGCCAGCCGCGACGUCGACUGCUGCCUCAUCCCGGAGUCGCCCUUCUACCUCGAGGGCAAGGGCGGCCUCCUCGAGUUCGUCGAGAGGCGCCUCCGCGACAACGGCCACAUGGUCAUCGUCGUGGCCGAGGGCGCCGGCCAGGACCUGAUCGCCAGGAGCAUGCACCUGGCCGACACCCACGACGCCUCCGGCAACAAGGUGCUCCUCGACGUCGGCCUCUGGCUCUCCCAGAAGAUCAAGGAGCACUUCAAGAGGAAGCCCAACUUCCCCAUCACGCUCAAGUACAUCGACCCGACCUACAUGAUCCGCGCCGUGCCGUCCAACGCCUCCGACAACGUCUACUGCACGCUGCUGGCGCACAGCGCCCUCCACGGCGCCAUGGCGGGCUACACCGGCUUCACCGUCGCGCCGGUGAACGGCAGGCACGCCUACAUCCCCUUCUACAGGAUCACCGAGAAGCAGAACAAGGUGGUGAUCACGGACCGGAUGUGGGCGCGGGUGCUGUGCUCGACGAACCAGCCGUGCUUCCUGACGCACGAGGACGUGGAGGGGGCGGGGCAGGAGGAGGAGGAGCCGCACCUGUCGCUCGUCGAGGGCGAGAACGCGCUGGUCAGGAGCCCGUCGAUGUGCAACGGCAAUGGCCACCGCUGCAGUGGCGCCGCCUGAAAAUGCAAGGCGCAGGGUCAAUUCAUUCACAUGUUGAUGUAAAAUUAAUGGUCCAGAUCAAUGUGGUUGUGAUUGUAGGUUUCCUUCAUAACUUCCUUUUGUUCAUUCUUUGGGUUGAUGUUAUAAUGGUAUUGCCAAGAGCCUACUA